UUCUCUGGCUCCGACGCCCUCGGUCUGCUCAGUGGCCAGCUUCUGCUUAAGUGGACGGCUGGGGGGUGAUCCUCGCUUGUCUGCGAUGUGGGGCACCGAUCGCCUAGCGGGUGCAGAGGGUGGUGGGGUAGCGGUGACUGUGGUCUUCACCAACGUCCGCGACUGCUUCCUCCACUUGCCCCGGCGCCUCGUGGCCCAGAUGCGCCUGCUACAGAAUCAAGCUAUAGAAGUAGCCUGGGGUCACCAGCCUGCAUUCUUGAGUUGGGUGGAAGGUAGGCAUUUUAGUGAUCAAGGCGAAAAUGUGGCUGAAAUUAACAGGCAAGUUGGUCAGAAACUUGGACUCUCAAAUGGGGACCAGGUGUUUCUCAAGCUGUGCUCCCGUGUGGUAUCUUGUCAACAAGUUGAGGUGGAACCCCUCUCAGCCGAUGACUGGGAGAUACUGGAGCUGCACGCUGCUUCCCUUGAACUGCAUCUUCUGGAUCAGAUUCGAAUAGUUUUUCCAAAAGCUGUUUUUCCUGUUUGGGUUGAUCAACAAACUUAUGUAUUUAUCCGAAUUGUUGCACUCAUGCCAGCUGCUGCUUAUGGAAGGCUGGAAACUGACACUAAACUCCUUAUUCAGCCAAAGAACCGCCAAGCCAAGGAGAAUACAUUUUCAAAAGCAGAUAACGCACAUGGGAAGUUUCAUAAUUACGGAGGAGACCAAAAAGGAUUGACAGGCCCUGGGUCUAGUAAGACGGAUUCCGAGGUGACAGCUGACUCCCCAUCCAUGCCAAGCUUAUGGACUAUGAUAGGAAGCAUUUUUUCUUUUGGGUCUGACAAGAAGCCGGAGCUAUCCUGGGGUUUAACUGAAAUGAAUGCAUUCAAAAUGAUGCAAUCCAAAGUCGUUCCUCUAGACAACAUUUUCAGAGUGUGUAAAUCGCAGCCUCCCAGUGUGUGUAACACGACAGCAACUUCGGAAUUUCACAGACACUGUGCCAUUCAUGUAUUUCCAUGGGACCAGGAGUAUUUUGAUUUGGAGCCCAGCUUUACUGUGACCUACGGAAAGCUAAUUAAGCUAUUUUCUCCAAAGCAACAGCAAAGUAAAACCAAACAAAAUGUCCUAUCACCUGAAAAAGAGAAGCAGACCUUAGAACCACUAGAUCAAAAACCAAUCAGCUCGGGCCGCAGUCUGGAAGCGGCUAAGGCCUGUGUGCUGCGAGUGGUCUGGAAUGGACUUGAGGAAUUGAAGAAUGCCACCAAAUACACCAAAACUGUAGAAGCUCUUCAUCUUGGGAAAGUCUGGAUUCCAGAUGACCUGAGAAAGAGACUAGAUAUAGAAAUGCAUGCAGUAGUCAGAAUAACUCCAGUGGAAAUUACCCCUAAAAUCCCAGGAUCUCUAAAACUACAACCUAGAGAAAAUAUACCUAAAGAUGUAAGUGAAGAAGAUGUAAAAACUGCGUUCUCUUCAUGGCUACAGCAGGCUACUACUACCACACUUCCUGUGAUACUAUCAGAGGAAGAAUACAUUAAGCUGAGAUUUAAAGAUGGGUUGAAGGAGUUUUCUCUAAACAUAGUUAAUUCUUGGGAAAAAGAAAAAGAAAGCAUUUUUUUGUUGAGCACCCAUCUGCUGCAGAAGACCACAAUACAAGUCCUUCUAGAUCCUAUGGUAAAAGAAGAAAACAGUGAGGAAAUUGACUUUAUUCUUCCUUUUUUAAAGCUGAACUGCUUGGGAGGAGUGAAUUCCUUAGGUGUGUCCUCCAUGGAACACAUCACUCAUAGCCUCCUGGGACGCCCCUUGUCUCGACAGCUGAUGUCCCUAGUGGCAGGACUUAGGAAUGGAGCCCUUUUAUUCACAGGAGGAAAGGGCACUGGCAAAUCAACUUUAGCCAAGGCAGUCUGUAAAGAAACAUCUGACAGAUUGGAUGCCCAUGUGGAGAUAGUUGACUGUAAAGCUUUACGAGGAAAAAGGCUUGAAAACGUACAAAAAACCCUGGAGCUGGCUUUCUCAGAGGCAGCAUGGAGGCAGCCUUCUGUGAUUCUGCUGGACGACCUUGACCUCAUCGUUGGCCUGCCUGCUGUCCCGGAACAUGAGCAUAGCCCUGAGGCCGCGCAGAGCCAGCGGCUGGCACAUGCUUUGAGUGAUAUGAUGAAAGAGUUGAUUUCCACGGGAAGUUUGGUUGCACUGAUUGCCACAAGCCAGUCUCAACAUUCUCUGCAUCCUUUGCUUGUCUCUGCUCAAGGAAUUCACAUUUUUCAGUGUGUCCAACAUAUUCAGCCUCCUGAUCAGGAGCAGAGGUGUGAAAUUUUGCAAAAUGUAAUAAAAAAUAAAUUGGACUGUGAAAUAAGCAGGUUCACUAAUCUUGACCUGAAACGUAUAGCUAAAGAAACUGAAGGGUUUGUGGCUAGAGAUUUUACAGUGCUUGUGGAUCGAGCCAUCCAUUCUCAUCUCUCUCAUCAGAGCAUAUCCACCAAGGAAGAAUUAGCUUUAACAACAUUGGACUUCCAAAAGGCUCUCCAAGGAUUUAUUCCUGCAUCUCUGCGAAAUGUCAACUUGCAUAAACCUAGGGACCUGGGCUGGGAUAAGAUUGGUGGAUUACAUGAAGUUCGGCAGAUACUCAUGGAUACUAUCCAGUUACCAGCCAAGUACCCAGAACUGUUUGCAAACUUGCCUAUACGACAAAGAACAGGAAUUCUGUUGUAUGGUCCUCCCGGGACAGGAAAAACCUUACUAGCUGGAGUAAUUGCACGGGAGAGUGGAAUGAAUUUCAUUAGUGUCAAGGGGCCAGAGUUACUCAGCAAAUACAUUGGAGCAAGUGAACAAGCAGUUCGGGAUAUUUUUAUUAGAGCGCAGGCGGCGAAGCCCUGCAUUCUUUUCUUUGAUGAAUUUGAAUCCAUUGCUCCCCGGCGAGGCCAUGAUAACACAGGGGUUACAGACCGUGUGGUUAACCAGUUGCUGACUCAAUUGGACGGAGUGGAAGGCUUACAGGGUGUUUACGUAUUGGCUGCUACGAGUCGCCCUGACUUGAUUGACCCUGCCCUGCUGAGGCCUGGCCGACUCGACAGAUGUGUCUACUGCCCUCCUCCGGAUCAGGUGUCACGUCUUGAAAUUUUAAACGUUCUCAGUGACUCUCUACCUCUGGCAGAUGACGUGGACCUUCAGCACGUGGCCUCAGUGACGGACUCCUUCACGGGGGCUGAUCUGAAAGCUUUACUUUACAACGCGCAGCUGGAGGCCUUACACGGACGGCUGCUGUCCUCUGGGCUCCAAGAUGGGAGUUCCAGCUCCGAUAGUGACCUGAGUCUGUCAUCAAUGGUUUUUCUUAACCACAGCAGUGGCUCGGACGAUUCGGCUGGAGAUGGGGAAUGUGGCUUGGAGCAGUCCCUUGUUUCUCUAGAGAUGUCCGAGAUGCUUCCGGAUGAAUCCAGAUUCAACAUGUACCGGCUCUACUUUGGAAGCUCUUAUGAAUCAGAACUUGGAAACGGAACGUCUUCUGACCUGAGCUCACAGUGCCUGUCUGCGCCGAGCUCCAUGACGCAGGAUUUUUCUGGAGGUCCUGGGAAAGAGCAGUCGUUUUCACGCCCUCCGGUGUUGCGAACAGCCUCACAGGAGGGUUACCAAGAACUCACCCAGGAACAGAGAGAGCAGCUGCGGGCAGAGAUCAGUGUCAUCAAAGGCAGAUACCGGAGCCAAAGUGGAGAGGAUGACUCUUUUCACCAACCAGGACCAGUCAAAACCAGUCUGGCCAUUAGCCAGUCGCAUUUAAUGUCUGCGCUCGGUCACACGAGGCCAUCCAUUAGUGAAGACGACUGGAAGAAUUUUGCUGAACUGUAUGAAAACUUUCAAAAUCCGAAGAAGAAAAAAAAUCAAAGUGGAACAAUGUUUCGACCUGGACAGAAAGUAACACUAGCAUAAAAGUUGCUUGUGAUUUUGUUUUUGCUGGCUUGUUCCUAUGUUGUAACAGUAAAAAUGGUGUCUGUAAAAUUCUUUUUUUUAACAAAUUAAGCUAUAAAAUCUGGUUAUAUAAUAAUCAGGAUUACAUGAAAUUAAAUGGUAGAAUUGGGGUAUUUAUAGCAGAAUCUGUAUCUUAUUUCCUAUAAAUCUAAAUUAAAUCCUUAGUGAAAUACUAUGGUCCAAAUAGUGUAAUUUUUUUCCUCACCUGAAGAAAAUACAUUUCUUAGAACUCACAUAUUCACCAUCUUCCUUGCAUUUGACAAAACUUGGGCUUAGCAGCUGUGACCACUUGGAAAUAAAAUAUCCUGUUGUUCUGUCAGAAUAUACAGAAUUCACCCACAAUUCAAAUAAAUGUCAUUAUUCCCUCCACAAGAAAUGAGAUCACGUCCCCCUAAUCUCCGACCUGCAGCUCCAGGCCAGGGCGUGGAGUGCUGUCCAUUCCUCCCCUGCUCCGGCAUGACCUUAUCUGGAUGUUCUCUAGUCUAUGAACCCAAGGUAAAAUCAGCCACCAUCAGCACAAACCACAUCUAGUAAUGCGGUAAGUGAAGAGAAUAAUUAAGGGACAAAGUUAGGUGAAAUACAGAACAAUAAAGAACAGUAAA